AUGAAGCCCUGCCAGAGAGAUUAUGCCUUCAAGGCAGCAGAAGCUUUUCUACACUGCACCUUUAUACUUCUUAUUAUGACAGCACUAACUUUCACUUCUUCAACGAAUCAAAAUAUAUCUGACGUUACAUAUGUAUUUAUCAGCCAGGAGAAUGAAGGUUCAAGAACACCGAAGACAUCAGUAUCUUCUAAGAUUUCAAAUAUUUUGGAAGAUCUUGUCUGGUAUUUGAAUUCUCAGGGAACAGAGAACAUCUAUGAACCAACUAAAAAUGUGGAAGCUAAUGAAGAUAUUGAAUUGAGAGUGAUGAUGAACGUUUCAGAGAUCAUUUCAUGUCUUUGGUUCUUUAAAGAGAAACAAGCUUGUAAACCCUCAAUGGACUCAGAAUAUACAUACGUUACAUCCUUGGCUUUUUCCCAAAUAAGAGAAACACAAGCUGGAAAACACACUCUCUUGGUCAUAAGCGAAAAUAGUAAUUACACAAUAAUAUUUACUGUUCUUGUCCGAAAGGAACCAGGGAAACCCUGCUUCAGGAAAACUAAAAAGGUUGAUGCUGUACAGUGCAUAUCAGAGAGCUACCCCCAGCCAUCUUUGGAGCAGAUAUUUUGCAAAACACCUGAAGAAAGUGACCCUAAUAAAAUGCAUGAAGAAACUGGGGAAAUACAUGGCAAACAGAAGAUAUAACAUGGAUUACCUGAGGAUGAAUUAUUUCAAACAUACAUAUGGUGCUGUGCAGUUAAUGAACUGGGCAGAGAAUGCACUAGCCUGUUCACAAUAGAUUUAAAUGAAAGACAUGCGGCACCUUUACCUGAAUAAUUACUUCUAAAAGUCGGAGAACCAUUUCUGAUCAGAGGCAGAGCUAUUUAUCCUAAUAGAUAUCCUUAUAGAUUCAGAAUUCAAUUAUCGUUUAAAAACAAAGAUUUACAGCAGGACCACUGUUUUGAAGGAUUAGAAUAUCAAACAGAUCACUCGAUGGUUCGGAUUCAGUAUGCAUUUGCUUCAGCAGCAGGAGGAAACGAUAGUGGAUGUUACACCUGUUCUUCCACAGUACAACCAAAUCAAACUUCUCUGAUUACAGUUUUAGAGCAAGGGUUUAUAAACAUAACUGCUCGGGAGGAUUUUGAAAAUGGUGAAGAAGAGUUUUGCUUUGAAGUUAACCUUACAGCAUAUCCAACCAUUAGGUGCAUGUGGCUAUUUUCCCAAAACACAUUUCCACGUGAGCAAAGUUGCAGUGUGGAUGGACUCAGCAUUUCGUCGAAGUUCUGCAACCGUCAGCACCAGCCUGGGGUAUAUGUGUUUUGUGCAGAAAAUGAUGAUACAGUCAUGACAAAAAGAUCACUUUGUAUGGGAAAAUUAACAUUCAAGCAUAUCUCCUGCAUUUCUAACAGUUACCCUGCCUCAUCCUGGAUUUGGAGGAACUGUCCUGAACUGAACUCAUCUAACUGUGCAGACGAAAUCACUGAGGAGAUUCAGAACUUCUUACCAGAGAAGAGGUCAUGGAUUUCAAGCAGUACUUUAGAUACAAAGGAGACAGCAACAACCUUCUCUACAGAGUGCUGCGCAAACAGUUCUGUUGGUUCAGCCUGUGAAAAGAGUUUAAUUAACCUGUCAGGCACUGUUCUUGGUUCUGGGGCUUUGGGGAAAGUGGUGAACACAAGAGCUAAUGGAAUUAGCACGGUGGGAGAUUCAGUCCAAGCUGCAGUCAAAAUGCCAAAAGAAAAAUCUGACACUUCAGAAGAAGAAGCUCUAAUGUCUGAGCUGAAAAUGUUAAGCCAUAAAAGCAUUGCGAACCUACUAGGAGCUUGCACUGUGUUGGGUAACUAGCAAUUACCAAUCUACUUGAUAUUUGAAUACUGUUGCUAUGGUGAUCUUCUGAACUACUUACAGAGCAAGAGAGAAAAACUUCAUUGGACAUUGGCAGAUAUCUUUAAACAGCACAACUUCAACCUUUACCACAAUAUCCAUUUGGAUCAAAACUCCAGGUAUGGAACUCCACUAACAUAUGGUGUGAAUAUGACACUCUGCAAACAGGAUGACCUUGGAAUCACACAACCAAGUCAAAACAUAAAUGUGGCUUCUGGAUCAAAUGGGUUCAUGCUGUAUUCUGAGGAAGAUAAGAGAUUAAUUGCUACAACAAAGAGUGAUGUCUGGUCCUAUGGAACAUUGCUAUGGGAAAUAUUCUCUUUGGAUGUAAAUCCCUACCCUGGUAUUCAGGUUGAUAACAACUUCUACAAAUUAAUUCAAAAUGGAUUUAAAAUGGACCGACUAUAUUAUGCUACAAAAGAUGUGAGUGUAUUUUCUGAAAACUAUUACAUAAUGCAGUCCUGCUGGGCCCUUAACUGGGAAAGACCCUCUUUUUCUUGGCUGGUUUUCUCACUUGUCUGUCAGCUGGCUGAGGCAGAAGGAGCAGUUUACCAAAAUAUGGAGAAAAUUGUUUCUGCACACAGUUCCAGUUAUAAAAAUAAACUACAUGUAAGCAGGAAUGAGGAAUCUCUUCUAUCUACAAUUUUGCCCUUGAAUGAAGACUCUCAGGUUGAACAGUAA